GAUCACUUGGGAACCGAAACCUUCUUCGGCUCUUUUGACACGCCCACGCUACCAGAAUUCUCAAUCCUCCAUAUCUUUCAAGCAAUGGCCAAUUGAGGUUGAUGUGUGGAUUAGUUGGAAUCCAAUGUUGUUCAAAUAAUGUGCAUCUGCUAGCAUGAUAUUUUUAGUGUAUAAACAUUAUCUGGUGCAAGAUUCUUAAGCGUUUGAUCCUUCAAUUGCAUCUUAUGAAGUAAUUCUAUGGGGGCAGGUUGACUAACUCUGGAUGGUUCAACAAACUGAUUCUAAGUUCAGUGAGUACGUUCUGGCAAAUUCAGAAACUGGUUUUCCAAAUCAUGAUAAGAAGACAGCUUUGAGAGAUUUGCAAAAUGAAAAUAGGAAUAUGGGCUUCAAAUCAGAUGGAAGCUCUCUUUUGAAAGACAAUGGGCCUGCUGUUGAAGCUGUUAAGGUUUCUGGCACUAAAAGACCCCAACCCGAGUGUACAAUGAGAUCUCCUCACCAACAAACGCCUGUCAGUAAUAACGGACAUCUUGUGUAUGUCCGCAGGAAGACUGAAUCAGAACAACAUAAAAAUAGCAACUGUAACAAAGCAAAUGAUCAACCUAAGAAACUAUAUGAGCAUGAUGAAAAGAAUCAUGGACAAUAUCCGACAAAUGAUUCUACAAUAUGUACUCGCAAAAAUAUUUCUGAGCCAAAGACUUCUGAAGGCGUUUCCUCUACAGCACCUUUAGUCACUCUUGAUUCUGGAAAGUCCAAUAUAACUUCGCCCGUGACAGAUUCCAGUUGUCUUAAAUUGGAUAAUCCUAGGGGAUUAAAUAUUCCGCAUUGGGAAGAACGAUAUUUACGAUUGCAGAACUUUUUAAAGGCCUUGGAUCUGUCAAACCAAGAUGAUUAUCACCAGAUGCUUCGCUCUCUUUCCUCAGUUGGCCUUAGCAGAAUUGCUGUUGAACUAGAAAAGAGAUCAAUUCAGCUCUCCUUGGAGGAAGCACGAGAGGUCCAACGUGCAAAACUUGUGGACGUGUUGGAUAAAUUUCCAAGAAGUGUUGGAGAACACCAGUCAACGAAGUGAAGCGGCAUGGUCUUGGUCAAGUCAAUUAUGCAUCCGAAUGAAGCCCGCGAGUUUGUCAUCUUCCCAACCUCUCUUGUAUUAUUCUGGUUAGCUCUUCCUGCUCAACACCUUAGUUUCCUUGCUCGUCAAACUUGACCAAUUGUGUGGUUAAAGUUCUGUUUGUGUAGCUUUAUUUAGUGUUCUUUUCUCCCCUGAAAAAUAGUCGAUGCAAUUGUUAAUAGUUACUAUCUUUUUUCCUUUC